AUGCCAGAUGCUAACCCCGAAUUCACCAAUAGUUCGUUCAUGUUCACCAUUGCGUCCAAUGAACAAUGGGUUAUGCAUGCUCUGCUCGCCUGUGCUGCUCUUCAUGCUUCAUGGGAUGCAAUAGUUCCCAAACAAUAUGCCUUGAUUUACAACCAAAGUGCACUCCGAGGCCUUCGGCGGGCAGUUCGAGUAUCACAUACGGAGCACUGCGGCGAUAUGAUUUUGGCAACUUGCCUUUCAUUGGGGGUUUUCGAGGACUUCUACCUGGCCCCGAUCAGCCAAAGCUUGACACAUUAUACAGCCCUGGCGAGAGUUCUAGAACAACAAACAAUGGAUGUUUCGGAAUUCGAUACUUUGCAGUUUUCAAUUUUGCAUUGGACCGCGCUGGAUUCCAUACUCUAUCAUUUUUCUACCAGGCUCAUUUUUGAAAAAGACGUUCGUGUUGCUUGCUCAUCCUUUCCAAGUCGAGCAAUUGAAAAGUAUAUCAAAGCCAUUGAAAACGAACAAGCGAAACCUCGGCCUUCUUCAUUAAUUCUGCCUGUCCUCGGGAAAUUACCUCCGGCACUCUUUCUAUUAAUCUACCAGAUGACCUGGCUGAGCAGACAGCGCCCGCUGGAAACUGGCUUCAAUCACGAUCUUGCUUUACGUUACGUGGCUGAAAUCUACCGGCUAGAACGUGGUCGUAUCAGAUCUCGUUUCGGAAAACUCUCGCUUACAAAAGACGACAACAAUAUGAGCAAUGCUGACAUUGGCACCGAAUUAUAUUUUCUGGCAGCGCGAAUUUUUGCCCGCAAGCUUGAAAACCCCCAGGAAAUAUGCAGUUCUUCUCCAGAGAUCACUGAAUUGCUCUCGAAAGGUCUUGCUUUACUUGAACUGUACGAUGGAAAUGCUCGUUAUGGGCAGUUUAUCUGCUGGCCGAUGCUUAUAUUGGGUUGCGCAGUCUGCCCAAAUGCCGACUCAGGAGAGUCUCAGGAUUGCCUUUCUUCUCGGGGAGGAUCCCUUUACACGAAAACCAAAGCAGUCAUACAGGAUCAACUUCUGCGAAUUUGGGAGACAUCCCAUUCUGGUCACGUGAAACGAACUGUGAAUGCUUUGGAAAGGGUGUGGAAGGCUCCUGGGUAUUUCGAUAGAGACACCGCUAUGGAAAAUUAUUCUGAAACUGGAUGUGACAGUCUAGAUGCUUUAAUCUGGGAGACGGGUGUGGGUCGUGUCUGGCUAUCAUGA